GCGGAGGUAGGCUGCGCAGGGCCCGGGACGGGCAGCGGGCGAUGGCGGCAGCAGCAGCAGCGGCGGCGGGGCGGCUGGGCUGGCUGCUGGCCGCGCUCUGUCUGGGUCACGCCGCGGGGGAGGUGGCGCAGGGUCCACGGGUGCUGGGCAUUUGCCUGGAGCAGGCCGGGUCCGCGGGAGCGGCGUGGGCGCGCGGAGGGGAGGUGCCGGCCGUGCCUGAGGCCACCUUCCGCUUGCGCCUCUUUGGCUCGGGCUUCGGGAACAGCUCCUGGUCCUGGGCGGCCCCCGAGGGUGCGGGCUGCCCCGAGGGCGGACCGGCCGCGGCGCCCGGGGAGGCGGCGGCGGUCCCGACAGGCGAGUGGCGCGCGCUGCUACGCCUGCGCGCCGAGGCCGAGCACCCACACUCGGCGCUGCUGGCUGUGCGCGGGGAGCCGGGCGGCGCGGCAACUGGGGAGACGGCGGCGGCGGCGGCGGCCCCCGCGGGCGAGUGGCAUGCGUUGCUGCGCCUGCGCGCUGAGGCCGUGCGCGCGGAGCCCAGCGUCGCGGCCGCGUUCCAGGAGGCAGUGCCGCCCUGGGCGCUUGGCCUGGGGGCUGCGGGGCUGCUGGCGCUGGCAGCGCUGGCACGGGGCCUGCAGCUGAGCGCGCUGGUGUUGGCACCAGCUGAGGUGCAGGUGCUGCGCGAGAACGGGUCGGAGGCGGAGCGCGCGGCGGCGCGGGGUCUGGAGUCGGCGCGGCGUUGGGCCAGCUACGCCCUGAGCGCGCUGCUGCUGCUAGCCUGCCUGGCACAGGCGGCGCUGGCGGUGCUGCUGUAUCGCGCGGCCGGCCAGCGCGCUGUGCCCGCCGUGCUGGGCAGUGCAGGGCUCGCGUUCCUGGUGGCCGAGGUGCUGCCCGCCGCCGUGAGCGGACGCUGGACGCUGGCGCUGGCCCCGCGCGCUCUGGCGCUCAGCCGCCUGGCCGUGUUGCUCACCCUGCCCGUGGCCUUGCCGGUGGGUCAGCUGCUGGAGCUGGCGGCGCGACCCGGGCGGCUGCGCGAGCGCGUGCUGGAGCUGGCACGAGGUGGCGGCGAUCCCUACAGCGACCUCAGCAAGGGCGUGCUGCGCUACCGGACGGUGGAGGAGGUGCUCACGCCGCUGGAGGACUGCUUCAUGCUGGACGCCAGCACCGUGCUGGACUUCGGCGUCCUGGCCAGCAUCAUGCAGAGCGGCCACACGCGCAUCCCCGUGUACGAGGAGGAGCGCUCCAAUAUCGUGGACAUGCUCUACCUCAAGGACUUGGCCUUCGUGGACCCCGAGGACUGCACGCCGCUCAGCACCAUCACCCGCUUCUACAACCACCCGCUCCACUUUGUCUUCAACGACACCAAGCUGGACGCCGUGUUGGAGGAGUUCAAGCGAGGGAAGUCCCACCUGGCCAUCGUGCAGAAGGUGAACAACGAGGGGGAAGGGGACCCCUUCUACGAGGUCCUGGGCCUGGUCACCCUGGAGGACGUCAUUGAGGAGAUCAUCAAGUCCGAGAUCCUGGACGAGUCCGAGGACUACCGAGACACCACGGUGAGGAAGAAGCCCGCUGCUCUCAGUGUCCCUCUCAGGCGGAAAGAGGAAUUCUCCUUGUUCAAGGUGUCUGACAAUGAGUAUAAAGUGAAAAUCUCGCCUCAGCUGCUCUUGGCCACCCAGCGCUUCCUUUCUCGAGAGGUGGAUGUGUUCAGCCCAUUGCGAAUCUCCGAGAAGGUCCUGUUGCACCUGCUGAGGCACCCCAGCGUCAACCAGGAGGUGAGGUUUGACCAGAGCGACCGCCUGGCUGCACACCAUUACCUGUACCAGCGCAGCCAGCCGGUGGAUUACUUCAUCCUCAUCCUGCAGGGCAGGGUUGAGGUGGAGAUCGGGAAGGAGGGCCUGAAGUUCGAGAACGGGGCGUUCACCUACUAUGGCUUGUCUGCCCUGACAGCCCCAUCCUCGGUUCACCAGUCCCCAGUGUCCUCGCUCCAGUCCCUCUGCCAUGACCCGCAGCCCGAGCCAGCUGACGGCACCCGCCUCUCCGCGUAUUGUCCUGACUACACCGUGAGGGCCCUCUCCGACCUGCAGUUCAUCAAGGUCACGCGGCUGCAGUACCUCAAUGCACUCCUGGCCAGCCGGGCCCAGAACCUCCCGCCGUCCCCUGAGAGCUUGGACCUCCAGGUCAUCCCAGGCAGCCAGACCCGGCUCCUCGGUGACAGGACGGCCGCAGCAGCAGCCUGCCCCGCACACCUUUCCCUCUUUGGCACAUUUGGAAACUGCAGUUGAUAAUUGACUGGAUUAGUGAGCGUUUUUUGUUUUAAGAAAACACCAAGGGUCCAACCACGGUGGGCCCGGCCUCCCAGCGGAGGAGAGCCCUGGGCGGAACCCAGGAGUGUAACUGCUUGCCAGGCAGCCCAGGCCUGGGAGCCGGCAAGCACGUGGGGAAGCAGAGAGCCCAGCCGCCCUCACCCCCUCGGCCACGUUUUAGAGGCCUUCUAGGCGCAGGGCCGGAGCCCCUGCAGGCUGCCUCCUCUAGAAAUGGGGUCGGCGGCACAGCCCUCCAGGCCUGCUUCCGACGGGAUGGAAGGAAGGACACCGUGUCUCCGUGGCCGGGCCCAGCCUCCUCCGUGACGGCCACGCCACGUUGUGAGUGCACGAUCGCGGCCUUCCUGUGCCCGCGGCCUGUACCCCCUUUGCUUCUCUGCCAACCGGCUGCUGCUGGCAGCACUUUCUGAGCAACAAGAGCACCAGUGUCGGCUGGGGGUGCAAACCCAUGGCCUUGUCAUGGCGAACUUGGCGGCUUCCCGACAGUGCCACGUCUCGGCGCGCCCCAGCCUGUCCUUUGUGCCAAGCCUGGAAGCACAGUUCCUCACAAGUCGGUGCCACUAGGCCGCCCCUCCCAUGGAGGUGGCUGGCUGACCCGGCAGGGCCCCGAGCAAGUCGCUGGCCCCGCGGCAGGACGGCGGGGCCUGCGCCUCCCGCCACUCGUCUGCCUGGGGGGCGGAGAGCCCGGCCACGGAGCAGCUGCCAGCCAUCCUCACCCCCCCAGGCCACGUUCUGUGUUUUAACGAGAGGUCAUGUGUGAGAGGAAGGGCUCUUCUGCUGCGCCCCAUCCUUUCUUCAUGGUCAGAUCCCAGGAAGAGGAACCAACUACUAGACCGAUUUCACGCCUUCCUCCCGGGCUUCCGGCGGGCAGGCGGGCUGUGGGGCUGUGAGUGCGGGGAGAGCCGUGAGGGAGGGAGGGUAGGAUAAGGGCCAGGUGGGUCCCCGCCACCUUUCUUUUAAAAAAACACGAGAUUUCUGUCUCUGAAACAUUUCAAGCUUUUGCCUGUUUCCUGUCCCUCGCUAUGGGUUCUAGAGAAUCGGGAGCAACAAGAUUCUCUCUUGGUUGUUUGUCUUUUUCUUCCUGUUUAUUUACCGUCCACGGUUCAGCCGCGCAGAAGCGGGCAGCACAGGGACCUAGGACCUUAGAGCGGGAGGGAACGGAGGGUUUCUGGAACCUUUCUCAGAGGAAUCUGGGUCCUUAUCUGGGAUCAGCAGGAAUGAAGGUCAGAGGGUGGCCUGCUUGCUGAGAGGCUGUUCUCCAGGAAUUCACCCCAAGAGCAGAGUCCGGGGUGGGAAACGGCCGGUCAGGUCGUUAUUCUGUGUCUGUAAUGCCGACGGGGUGCCUGGGGGUGAGCUUGCUGGUAUCAGUCUGCCUGUGCAAGUUGCAGAACCUGCUGACGACAUUGAGGACUUGACUGUACUUUACAGUCACCUCUCUCCAGAACAGGGUUCCCCACCUGGGCUGCAGUUAGAAUCACCCGGCAAAUUAAACAUACCGAGGCUGUAAUGGGGCUGACGUCAGGAUUUUAGUUUUGAAAUAACUUUAGAUUCACAGGAGAGGUCCAUGUGCCCUUCAUCUGGCUUCCCCUAAUGUUAACAUCUUACAUCACCUCAGUACCUUUAUCAAAACUAAAAGUUAACACUGGUACAAAAAUAACUAAAUGACACUUUAUAAUGUGGAUUUUAUCAGUUGUUCUAAUGUCCUUUCUCAGUUGCAGGAUCCAUUCCAGGGUACCAAUUUAGAGCUAUUACUUUUUUUUCUACCUAUUUGUUUUGAAAUUACAGAUUCAUAGGAAGUUGCAAAGAUAGAGGUACCCUUCACCUUGCUUUCCUCCAUGGUUACAUCUUAGUUAUAAUACAGUAUCUAACCAGGAAUGGACACUGGGCAGUGAGGAUGGUUUGUUAUAUAUCAUCUCAUGUGUAGCUUUGUGUGACUGCCGCUACAGUCUGCACACAACUGUCCCAUUACCAUCAGCAUCUCCCUCUAACUACCCUUUUAGAGCCACACCCCCCGCCCCCAGCCGCCAUCCCUAAUCCCUGGCAACCCCUGAUCUGUUUGUCAUCUCCAGUUUUGUCAUUUCAAGAAUGUAUAAAUGGUGUUGAAAAAUCUGUAACCGUUUGGGAUUGGGCUUUCUCAGCAUAUACUCCGAUAUUCAUGCAGGUGGUUGCGGGGCCCACGGUUCGUCCCCUCGGGUGGUUGCGUGGUUUCCGUGGUGUGCUCGUUCUAGUUACGGACAUGGGGGUGGUUUCCAGUUUUUGGCUAUCCCGAAUAAAGCUGCUAUAACAUUCAUCACA